AUGGUUUCUGUCAAGGCAGUCCUCCUCCUCGGCGCCGCCGGCACCACCCUGGCCUUCCCCUUCAACGCUACCCAGUUCAGCGAGCUCGUUGCCCGGGCCGGCACCCCUAGCGGCACCGGCACGCACGACGGCUUCUACUACUCCUUCUGGACCGACGGCGGCGGCAACGUCAACUACGAGAACGGUCCUGGCGGCUCCUACACCGUCCAGUGGCAGAACUGCGGCAACUUUGUCGGCGGCAAGGGCUGGAACCCCGGCCAGGCCCGCACCAUCACCUACUCGGGCACCGUCGACUUCCAGGGCGGCAACGGCUACCUGGCCAUCUACGGCUGGACGCAGAACCCGCUGAUCGAGUACUACAUCGUCGAGUCGUUCGGCUCGUACGACCCCUCGUCGCAGGCCCAGACUUUCGGCACCGUCGAGGUGGACGGCGGCACCUACACGCUGGCCAAGACGACGCGCGUCAACCAGCCCUCGAUCGAGGGCACCAGCACCUUCGACCAGUUCUGGUCCGUCCGCCAGCAGCACCGCACCUCGGGCUCCGUCGACGUCGGCGCCCACUUCGACGCCUGGGCCAAGGCCGGCCUCCAGCUCGGCACCCACAACUACCAGAUCGUCGCCACCGAGGGCUACCAGAGCAGCGGCUCCUCUUCCAUCACCGUCCAGGCCUAA